CAGAAGUUGAACACACGAACCCCAGCAGGGCAUAUCACCGUAAUGAGAAAUUUAAAGACAAUCUCAUAUUCGCAAACGGAACUUGAAGUUGACCUGCCUCUGGCCGCCACAGCAUGGGAUGUCUCCAACAAUACUAUCAUCUGUGCCUUUGGCCCGACACCCACAAACCCAGUUAUUGAACUGAAGCGAAGAAUAUCAACGGGUGCAGAGGGAGCACAAUUUGUCAACAUAACAUCCUGGGACGCCCCAUGUCCGUUGCCGGAUCUUGAAUGCGACCAAAUCUUACUUCUUCAGCACUUUUCUGAUUCCGGCACGUCUUGCAUUGUACUAGCAGGUGGAGAUGUCGUGGUGGUUCGUGAGGACCCUUUGCCAGACCAGGAGAAGAUUGAAAUUGUCGGCACUGUCGAUGUCGGAAUAUGUGCUGCUGCAUGGGCUCCGGACGAGGAGCUUCUCGCUAUCGUUACUCGAUCAGACACGCUUGUUCUGAUGAGCAGAAAUUUCGAGCCACUAAAUGAGACGGCCUUUUCCGCAGACGAUCUGAAAGUCUCUAAGCAAGUCUCGGUAGGCUGGGGCCAAAGAGAAACUCAGUUUCAGGGCAGACGGGCGAAGGCUUUGCGAGAUCCCACGGUCCCUGAAACCAUUGACCAGGGAAAGUCCAGUCCUUACGAGGAAGGCAAAGUGACGAUCAGCUGGCGAGGAGAUGGGCAAUACGUUGCUAUCAAUAGCAUGAUCCCCGGCCAUCGACGUGUAAUCAGGGUUUACACUCGCGAAGCUGCGCUCGACAGUGCGAGCGAGGCAGUAGACGGACUUGAGUCUGCACUCAGCUGGAGACCGUCUGGAAACCUCAUUGCAGGCAUCAAGCGCUCGCCAAACAAGACAGAGGUUGUAUUCUUCGAAAGAAACGGUCUGCGGCACGGCCAAUUUGACCUUAGAUUGAGACAAGAAGAGUCGGAGAGCUGGGCUAGCCGCAUUUUCCUGUCUUGGAAUACUGAUUCAACAGUGCUGGCCAUAUCCUUCAAGGACCGUGUACAGUUCUGGACCGUGGGAAACUAUCACUACUAUCUCAAACAAGAGUUCUUGUUUCCCGCGGCUCUUGAUCCCGCCUCUCUCAGAUGGCACCAAGAAACACCAUUAAGGGCCAUCCUCGGUACAUUCGAGAGCUUGUUGGAUAUUGCAUUCCUUCCAACGGUGGCUCGUGGAAGCACGGUGCCCCCAUAUGACCGUGGUGUCGUGGCAGUAAUCGAUGGGAAAUUGCUAAAACUCACACCGCUGAAGCAAGCUGGGGUGCCUCCGCCUAUGUCGUUCUGCGACGUCGCUUUCGACUACAACAUUGUCGACUGUGCUGUCAGUCAAGACGGCCGGAAGAUUGCUGUCUUAACCACACACACUCUCGAACUUUGUCAAUGGUCAACUCGGACAGCAUCCACAGGCGAUUUCAGGUUUACACCAUCUGUGCAACGUCAUUCCCUACCACUACCAAAUUCUGUUCGAUACACACAGGUGGCAGAAAAGGGGGACCAAGUCUGCAUCCUUGCCCCAGCUCAGAGCCACGAACCAGCGACAUGUCUGAAACUAGCCUGGUCUAAGACAUCUACAUCGAAGGAUUUUGAAGUGAUAUCUAUACCUCAAGGAACUGACAAUCUCUUGGUUGACGUCCACUACGACUCAAUCGCGUGUACAAGCUCGAAGCUUGACAGGACAUUCUUGCUCCCAUAUCAAUCGGAGACUGACUCAAACCAACUGCUUGGCUCUCAGCCCAACUCUUGUUUGUUCGCCUUGCGCGAUGUUGCCGAUGCGGAGGUCAAUGGGUUCGCCAACGGACACACAGCCCAGUACCGCAAAGCAUCCUUGACCUCAAAGGACAAUCUUUACAUCGACGAUAUCUCCCUAGUACGAGAAUGUACAUCUUACGUACUCACGGAUGCCCAUCUGAUCUUCACAACAUCUCAACAUCUUCUGAAGUUUGUCCACUUAACAGCUCCUUCGAACAUGCAAGUUCCAGGCGACACCCCGGAGGUUGAUGAGCGAUGCCGCAGCGUUGAGCGAGGAGCAAAAAUAGUCACAGUGAUCCCCUCCAUGUAUGCUGUGAUCCUACAAAUGCCCCGAGGCAACACAGAGACGGUAUAUCCUCGCCUGCUCGUCCUUUCAGGCAUACGUCACCACCUCAAACAACAAGACUAUCUGUCGGCCUUCCUGGCCUGCCAGACACACCAAGUCGAUAUGAACAUUCUGCACGAUUACGAUCCUGAGACGUUCCUAGCCAGCAUUCCCAAAUUCAUCGAGCAAUUGAAGAAGCCGAGUCGCAUUGACGAAUUCCUCUCAAAACUAAAGGACGAAGAUGUGACCCAAACUCUCUACCGAGACACUCUCAACGUUGAACAAGCACUACCUGCACCACCGAAGCCGGGAACAAAGGUCAACAAGAUCGCCGAUGCCUUCUUGUCGGCCCUAUCUCCUCACGCGUCGACAUCCUUCCAGAACGUGAUAACAGCACACGUCUGUAAACGGCCACCAGAUCUCAACUCAGCCCUGACCAUGAUAUCUACCAUAUUGUCUUCCUCCAGAGAGGAAGCCGAAACCGCCAUCUCCCACCUCGUCUUCCUGACGGAUUCGAACCGACUCUUCGACGCCGCCCUCGCGCUUUACGACCUCGAGUUGACCCUCCUCGUCGCACAAAGCGCCCAGCGCGAUCCCAAAGAAUACAUGCCCUUCCUGCAAUCUCUCCACGCCCUACCCACUCUUCGACGGCAAUACACCAUCGACAACCACCUGCACAAGUACGCCCGGGCCCUGUCCUCCCUGCACGCGCUCAAAGCACACGACGACGUCGAGGCCUACGCGGUCAAACACGAGCUGUACACGACGGCGCUCGACCUGUACAAGUACGACAAGGCACACCUCGAACACAUCAUGAGGCUCUACGCGCAGCACCUCGCGGCACAGUCCCAGCACAGCCACGCGGCCACGCUCUUUGAAUCCCUGGGCGACUACGACGCCGCCUACCCCCUGUACGCCCUCGCCCACAAGUGGCGCGAGUCGCUGACGUGCGCGACGCUGGUCCCCCUGGACCCGGAGCGCCUCUUCUCCCUCGCCACGGCCCUCGCGGCCACGUGCACCGACGAGACGCGCGACUUCCGCGCCGCCGCCACCAUCCACGGCGAGUACCUCAACGACACGCUCAGCGCGGCCCGCCUGUUCUGCCGGGGUUCGUACUUUGCCGACGCCAGCCGCGUCCUGGCCCUCCGCGGCCUCCGGUCCGAGAUCCCGGGGGUCCUCGACGCCGCGCUGGCGGACAAGGUGGGCGAGAUCCUCGAACUCAUCGCCGACUGCAAGGCCCAGCUGGCCGCGCAGGUGCCCCGGAUCGCCGAGCUGCGCAAGAAAAAGGAGGAGGACCCCCUCGCCUAUUACGGCGGCGACCCUUCGUCCUCCUUGGCUGCCUCCAACAAUAACGCCGUGGACAUCCCGGACAACGUCUCCCUCGCCGCCACCGACGCCACCACGGCGGGAGGCCAGAGCCUUUUCACGCGCUACGGGAGCAACGCGAGCAAGUUCGGCGGCACCGUCGCGAGCAACGUGUCGCGCAAGACCAGCAAGACCAAGCGACGCGAGGAGCGGAAGCGGGCCCGUGGCAAAAAGGGCAGCGUGUACGAAGAAGAAUACCUCCUCGCCAGCGUGGCGAGACUGGUCGAGCGGGUCAACGGCGUGCAUGACGAGGUGCAGCGCUUGCUCAGCGGCCUGUCGAGGCGCGGCAUGCGCGAGCAGGCGGCAAAGGUCGACGAGGUGCUCAGGGAAAUGGUCGACUUGUGCGUCAAGGCCAAGGGAGAGGUGUGGCAGGUUGAAGCCGUGCAGCCCGAAGAUACCCAGGCUGCCACCACCAAUACCUACGACAUCAACGGUGGGGGAAGACCUCCUGGUGCCGAUGGGGUGUUUUGGGAGAGUCAACAAGGCUUGCAAAUGAAAGAGCCGCCCGAAGUCAAGAAGUGGACGCCGAACGAGCUUGUGCCGGCGUGAAUAUGCACAAAACACAUAAAAGCACAGAGGUUCUUGGAGGAUGGAAUGACGACAAGGAUAUACAUCAAUUAGGUCAGACCUGAAAAUUAUUCUAUCUGACUUGUUCCAUCUCUCGUCGAGGCUGCUGCCUUCCAUUCAUCCCAUUUGAUGUCUUUCUCUGGAUUCCCGAGGAUCGCUGGGAAGAUUCCACUCUUCGAGACUCUUGCCUUGAUUGUACUCUUUGUGGUUCUUUUGAGAAGAGUUGUCGACGGGUUGGUGGUUCUUCGACAGAUUUGGGAGGCUGGGGCUCUGGCUUUGGAGGUUCAAUUGCCUUCUUCGCCUGAUUGAGAUCGGUAAUCCCCAAACCGACAUCAAGUAAAUAGAGUUGGAAAGCUGAAAGUAAUUCUUUUAGUCCAGCUCUCAGUCUCUCAAUAAUGAUUUGAACUUCUCCGAUUCCUCUGCUUCCACCAGGGUUGUUCUUGGCGAC